UGUAAGCAUUUGUUAUAGGAUUCCAAGCUCAUUUCACAUAAUCUACACAUUUAGGUGCCUGAAGGAACAAUAAAUAAAAGAAUUUUAAAGCGAUGGAGGGAAGCAAAAGCUCGAUUAUUGAGAAAAAGUUUAAUGUGCUGAUCGUGGAUGACGCUCCUGGUAUUCGGAUGAUGCAUAAUGCGCUGCUCAAAAGUUUUGGUUCCAAUGUGGAAACUCAAGUGGCUGAGAAUGGAAAAGUCGCAGUUGACCUUUGCAACUCUGGAAAGUAUUUUGACAUCAUUUUUAUAGACAAACAUAUGCCAAUUAUGGACGGAGUUCAGGCAACAAGGAAGCUGCGAGAGAUGGGAGUUGCUAGCGUGAUUGUGGGAAUAACCUCAUGUGAUACGGAUGACGAGGUGAAACCUUUCGUGGAGGCUGGGUUAAACGAAUGCUUUGAGAAGCCACUAACUCGAGAAAAGAUCAAGUUUGUCUUUGAGAAGUUUCACAAAGAUGGCUAAACUCAUGUCUACCUGAUGUGUAGAUUGUCCAAUGAGAUCAUGCGCUAUAGUCAUGCAAAUAAACCAUCUAACUCAACCUAAAAUAAAUAAAGCGCUUAUUUACCUUUUAUGAUC